UUAUUUAUUUAUUUUAUGUAUAAGGUUCUUCACCGGCUUUAACUUAACAAAAAUCUAAUUUUAAAAAUAGGAAACUACCUCUAACGUGAGCUAAAUAACUUGCAAAAAGAAUUGAAAUAAUACCUGGUACAAUCGGCGGAUACCAAGAUUUUACUUCGUAAUGAGAGGGACAUUCUCUUCUUGAAAUCUACGGGUAUGAGCUUACUCGCACUCACGUGCCGAGCUCCCCUGGGAUAUUCUCGGUUGCUUAUUUCUUCCUCAAUAUGCUCGAGGCACCACGGGAGCACAUGGUUUAGCAUCAGGCGGCUCUCAAGCCAUACGGCUACUCCUCGAGAUGCUAGUAUUAGCUACAUCAGGAAUAUAGGCAUCAUCGCCCACGUCGAUGCAGGGAAAACAACUACCACAGAGCAAAUGCUAUAUAACUGUGGUGCUUUAAGACGCGCAGGAAAUGUUGAUCAGGGAGAUACCGUGACCGAUUUCCUGCCUAUGGAGAGACAGAGAGGAAUCACAAUUCAGUCUGCCGCCAUUACUUUCAACUGGCCAACAAAAGAACGCUUAAAACCGGGUGGCUAUCAGCACAUCAUCAACUUGAUCGAUACUCCUGGCCAUGUGGACUUUCGGUUUGAGCUGGACCGUUGCGUUCCUAUUCUCGAUGGGGUCAUAUGCGUCAUUGACGGAGUAGAAGGCGUUGAGGCACAUACGGAAAGAGUUUGCGCCUCCGCUCACGAGUUUAAAGUACCUCGGAUUGUCUUCGUUAAUAAACUCGACCGUGAAGGCGCCUCCUUUAAGAAGUCUGUACAAGAUAUCGGAUUGAAGCUUAACGGAAUGCCACUAGUCUGUCAGAUACCCUGGUGGCAAAAGGACACGCUGAGAGGCGUAGUGGACGUGAUCGAUCGUUCUGUUGUCAGUUGGAUGGGAACCAAAGAUAGCCCUGAAGAACUUUCGACGAAACUACUUGAGGGUACAAUUGCGGACGAGGUCGAGCGCGCACGAGAGCAAUUGAUCGAGAGACUUUGCGAGCACGACGAUGAGCUGAUGGAGUUAUGGACUACUCAUGGGAAUGACUUGCCUAGCAAUGAAAUUAGAAAGAGCAUACGCCGUGUAGUAAAUCGUGGCGAUGGAUCCGUGAUGCCUGUCUUCGCGGGAUCAAGCUUGAAAAAUACCGGCGUUACUGCUCUACUUGAUGCAAUCGUGGACUAUCUGCCUAGUCCUUCAGACCGUCCUGAACUCCAAGUCCGAAUGGGCCGAACAUACCAACCCCUUGGUCACGUUAUUCAACCACCCAAACCUUCUAAAAAGUCUCCGCCACGUGUUGAGGGAUUGGCGUCGGUUUUCAAGGUAGUUCAUGACCCCCGCCGAGGGAUGCUUACAUUUGUGCGGGUUUACCAUGGGGUUCUCAAGAAAAAUACGCGCAUGUGGAAUGCUAAUCUCCAGCAAUUUGAAAGCUCUCUGAAUAUGAUGCAGAUAUCUGGAGAGACCACGACUGAGAUAUCUCACCUAGCUCCCGGGCAGAUAGGUGCAAUCACGGGUCUGAAGGCCGCGAGAACUGGAGACACAUUACUGACUUUCAAUUCAAACUCGACGCCACAAACAGAACUUGGUACCAUACAAGUCCGACCGCCCGAAAUACCUCCCGCUGUGGCUUUUAUCGUUCUCGAUGCGUAUAGUGUAACCGGUGCAAAAAUUCUCGAGGCGGCCUUAGAGAAUCUUUCUAGAGAAGAUCCAAGCCUACGAUGGUUCAAGGAUGAAAAGACAGAACAGUAUACGCUCUCUGGAAUGGGUACGCUUCACUUAGAAGUUGCCCGUGAUCGCCUGGAGAACCAUUAUAAGGCGGAGGCUUACUGGGGUAAAAUCUCUGUUGACUACAAAGAAUGCUUGACGGCACCGACAGCCCCUCAUCAUACCGUCUUUGAAGGGGUGGUAGCAGGUAAAUCAGGCAAGGCAGCAUGUUCAGUAGAAAUCGAGCCGCUCGAAGGAGACCAUGGCGAUAAAUUGUUAGGAAAUCAUGUCGAACGAGACGGGAACAUCAUUCAAAUUGUGUUUCCAAAGGAGAGUGCCCUGCCUAAUAUUGAGGAGGUAAGGCAGCAUCUUACCAAUGGUGUAAUAGCAGCACUUGCGAGAGGUCCUCGACGCGGUUCACCAAUGCAUAAGUGCCUUGUUACGGUUACGUAUGAUGUGUCGAUAAACACCAGUUCAACUCCAAGCUCACACCUAGUCGGCGCUGCAAACAAAGCAGUAAGGACAGCUCUUAAGGAAGCCCAUCAGCAGGGGACGAUUGGUAUCCUAGAGCCAGUUAUGAAAGUCACAAUCGUCUGCCCAGAAGUAUCAGCAGGCGCGGUUCAGCACGACAUACACACAGGUCGCGGCGGUCACGUUCUCGAAGUUAGGGAUAUGCAAGAAAGCCACGCGCAAGAAGGCGACCUCAUCAACAUAUCCGACAUCUACGCUCCGCCAGACCCGUACGAGUUCCAAACAACGCUGCGGGAGACGCAGAAGGGCCGUCUGCGGAUGCUGGAAAUUAUAGCUCGUAUACCAUUUGUAGAAAUGCUCGACUACGAUACGCAGCUCCGGGGAAAGACUCAGGGACGGCAUACCUUGACGAUGGCCCUGGAGACUUUCGAAAAGGUUACCGGUCAAAGAGAAAAGGACCUCUAGUUACCUGUGGGAAUGGUAUAAUGCUAUGGUUCCGUUGGAAAAUCAAGAGAUGAAAGCAAAUUACGUUGCAUCAAUAGACGCGCAUGUGUAUAUACAUGCGCCUGUAGGUAUAUUAAAUCUGUAUCAUAAAGCAUAGGUUUCGUUCAA